GUAGGCCUCAGGUGACUCCUAACUCCGCCAGCCUCCUUUUUUCGGUCUCCUAGGUGACCGCUGAGGCCCGCUCGGCCAUGCUGCUCCGCGCCCUCGGCUUCCCUCGCUGGCCUCGGGCCCUGGCCCAGGAAAGGAAAGGCCUCGCCGGCUCCGCCGCCAUGCCGGUGCCCGUCUCUUAUGCCGUCUUUGACGGACCCUCGCCGCAGCCUCCCCUCCUUUUCCUCCAUGGGCUUUUUGGAAGCAAAGCCAAUUUCGCGUCCCUCGCCAAAACGCUGGUGCUCCAGACCGGGCGCAAGGUACUGACGGUGGACGCCCGCAACCACGGCGAAAGCCCCCACAGCCCCGUCAUGACGUACGAAGCCAUGAGCGGCGACGUCCGCCUCCUGCUCCGCCAGCUCCGCCUGGAACGGUGCGUCUUGGUCGGGCACAGCAUGGGCGGAAAGACCGCCAUGGCUCUCACGCUGCGAUGGCCGGAGCUGGUGGAACGCCUGGUCUGCGUUGACAUCAGUCCAAGCAAGACCACCGCCGUCACCGGCUUCCAGGACUUUGUGGCUGCCAUGAAGGCCGUGGAGAUCCCUCAGGGCGUCCCUCGUUCUACUGCGCGCCGCCUGGCUGAGGAGCAGCUGCGGCCAACCGUCCAGGAUCCGACCGUCCGCCAGUUUCUGCUCACCAACCUGGUCUACCUCGAAGACCGGUACGUGUGGCGUGUGAAUCUGGACGCCGUCUCUCAGCAUCUGAAAGACCUCAUGGACUUCCCUGCCUUCCAGACGCACUACUCAGGGCCUGCUCUCUUUCUUGGGGGUGCCAAGUCGCCCUAUAUCAGCUCCGACGACUACCCCGAGAUCGAAAGGCUCUUCCCCGAGGCCGAGAUCCAAUAUGUUCCUGACGCGGGGCACUGGGUCCACGCGGACCAGCCCCGGCCUUUUGUGGACGCCAUUUGUAGCUUCCUUGAGCGAACUCCAACGUAGACACUCCACCGGCUUGGUCCCUAAAACUGGGCAUCUCAGAAGAAGGCAGAGCAUUUGCCAUCCAUCGCCAAAGGGCUCCCUGCUGGUUCAAUGCCCUUCUCCGUUCCUGGUUCAGACUGGUGCCUCCACUGGCUGGAAUACUAUGAACUCUCUUUGUGUGUGUGUGUGCGGUAUUUAAUAUUAAAAACAGUGUUUCGUAUUUUCUGGGCAUCAAAACAUGUCUCAAAGGGUGUUGUGUAUGUGAGAAAGUCUCCAACCCCCUCCGUUUCCAACUUUGAUGCUUUGCAAAGCUUCACCUCCGGAGUUGUGCCCACCGGUGCCAACCAAAGGCCCAAGGAUUAAAGGCAUGGGUCGGUUUCUUUUUGGUUAGCUGGCCACCUGGGCAAAGCGUCCAUUCCCUGUCCAUCCUCCAGAGCUGAGCUCUCCAGGCCUCCUUUGCCAUGGCCUGCCCUCCUCCCCUUUCUGAGAUAAUAAACCCAUUUCCCUACU